ACUACAUCUCAAAUAUUACACAAUACGCUUUUCUCUCUCUCUCUCUCUCUCUCUCUCUGAUCUCUCUCACUCAACAUAUUCGUAGCAUAUCUUUAAACUUAGAAUUCAAUUUCAGUUUCCAUUAGGACAGGAAUAAAACGAAGCAGAAGAAUAAACAGAAACAGAGUGAAUUCGAAUUCAGUUUAUAUUUUUCGAAAACUCUUAGCUCGUAUCCGAAUCGAGUCACUUCAAAUUCGGUGCCCGCCAGCUGCCUAGAUCAAACUCCUUCUCUCGUAAAUGCUCGGUUUGGACUCGAUCUAGAUCGAGUUCUUCAUACACUGAUAUUGUGGGAGGAUUUACAUGAAGAACGGGAUGAUAGAAUGCCAUGUUUGCCAUUCCAAAUUGGUCUCCCCGUCUACCAAGACUAUAUCAAGGGCUUAUGACCGCCACAAAAGUAGGCUAUCACACAAGCAGCGCGCUCUCAAUGUGUUUUUGGUUGUUGGUGACUGCAUUCUAGUUGGAUUACAGCCUAUUCUUGUUUAUAUGUCCAAGGUGGAUGGGAAAUUCAAUUUUAGCCCAAUUAGUGUUAAUUUUUUGACAGAGGUCGCAAAGGUUUUCUUUGCUGUUGUUAUGCUUUUAUUCCAGGCUAAGCAUCAGAAGGUUGGGGAGAAGCCUCUUCUAUCAAUUUCUACAUUUAUGCAGGCGGCUCGUAACAAUGUCCUUCUUGCUGUUCCUGCUCUUCUGUAUGCUAUAAACAACUAUCUGAAGUUUAUCAUGCAGCUUUAUUUCAACCCUGCUACUGUAAAGAUGCUAAGCAAUUUGAAGGUUUUAGUAAUAGCAGUUUUGUUAAAGGUGAUUAUGAAGCGCCGGUUUUCCAUUAUUCAGUGGGAAGCUCUUGCUCUAUUGCUAAUUGGUAUCAGCGUUAAUCAAUUACGAUCUUUACCCGAAGGAACCACAGCCAUGGGUCUUCCUGUCACCAUGGGUGCAUAUCUUUAUACACUGAUCUUUGUCACUGUUCCAUCAUUGGCCUCUGUUUAUAAUGAGUAUGCUUUCUACUGAUUAUCUACUUUUGAUUUACAGAACUUAUUUUUGUAUGGAUACGGAGCUAUAUUCAAUUUUCUUGGGAUAAUUGGUACUGCUAUAAUCAAAGGUCCUAGCAGCUUUGAUAUCCUACAAGGUCAUUCAAAAGCCACUAUGCUGUUGGUAGCAAACAAUGCUGCCCAAGGGAUUCUAUCCUCUUUCUUCUUCAAAUAUGCAGAUACAAUUUUGAAGAAGUACUCAUCAACAGUUGCAACAAUCUUUACGGGCAUAGCCUCUGCUGCACUCUUUGGACAUACUUUAACAAUGAACUUCAUUAUAGGCAUUUCUAUUGUAUUCAUCUCAAUGCACCAGUUCUUUUCACCACUUUCAAAAGUCAGAGAUGAACAGAAUGGUGUGCUGGAGCUGCAUGACGUUCAUGACAAACAAAGGUCAAAGGAAUCCUUCAUAAAUAUGGCAGCCGGAGCAAAUGAAGAGGCUCAUAUGCAUGAUGAGAGAAAGCCUCUUCUUCCAACCUAGAUUGACCUACCUAUGUGGUGCACUCUUUAUAAAGUCCUAAGCAUAAGAAUUAAUUUUGACUUUUGCGAUAGCUUUGCAUGGAAGGGAUUUUUCUACUUGGUUCAUAAGGCCAUGAAUUCUUUACUACAGGAGUCUGCAUGUUAGCAAGCUACAACUUUCAGCCGCUGAAAGCUGAAGAUUUUGAUAGAGAAUAGAAAAAGGGCUCUUCGCAUCUGGCAUUUCAAUGUGGAUUUUACUUGUAAUACAUUUUUCUUUUUCUUUUUUCUUUUUUCUCAUCUUGGAUAUUGUUUUCCCUUAUUAUUUUUGUUUCUUGCUAUAUUUACUUCAGCCCGUUUCAUCUCUAUUAUGUUAUUCUUUACAUUUAUUACAUGUCUUAGGUAUUUCACCUUUACGAGAUAAUGGGUGAAUAAUAGAAAAUGAAAUACAUCCUCUUUCCUUGUAGAAAAAUGAUAUUUAUAUGUAUGCUUGCAGGGCCUGUUAAUCCAUUUUAUAUUAUUUCUA